UUGUAUAGAAAUUAGUGAAAUUAAUUGGACUAUUAAACUCAGACAAAUUAUGAGUACAUAUCAAUAAAACACUAAUAGUAAUUGAUCGAAUUAUAUUAAUUAGGUGAAGUGAAGAAAAAUAUCGAACAAUGGGUGUUAGAGGUUUAACUACAUUUAUUGCAAAAAAUGCUGAUCAGUACUUUGAAGAAUUUGAACUUCACGAUUGCAAUUUAGUAAUCGAUGGGAACAAUUUAGCAGCUCAAUUGUACAAAUAUGUUUCAAGGUGCAAUUCUGGAUUCGGUGGCGACUACGAUGUGUACCACAAAUGUGUUGUUAAGUUCUUUGAAAUGCUGAAUGUUUGUAAUAUACGAUCUUUGGUUUUGUUUGAUGGAGCUUAUGAAACAAGAAAGAAAAAGUCUGUUUAUAGUAGACUUAUAGCCAAACAACAGGCAGCUUCAAUAUUAUGUCCUGCCAAUCAAAAAUUGUUACAAAUUUUUCCUUUAAUGAUGAGAGAUGUUUUCAAAGAUGUUUUAAGGGAUAUGGGAAUAUCUUUUAUACAAUGUGAUUUUGAGGCAGAUGAUGAAAUAUCAAUUGUUGCUAGAGAAAUAUCAUGCCCUGUUUUGAGCAAUGACUCGGAUUUUUAUAUAUAUGAUGUCGAAUAUAUUCCAUUCACUUCAUUUGAUCAGAAACUCACUAUAUCUGAAAAAGGCUACACUUAUAUCUCUUGCAAAAUCUACAAAAUAGAUAAUUUUCUCAAUUAUUUUGGUGGUCUAAAAAAAGAAAUGUUACCAUUGCUAGCUACUUUAUUAGGAAAUGAUUACAUAAAUAAAAGCACAUUUAAAAACUUUUAUGCCCACCUUAAACUAGCAAAAACUAAACAAAAAAUUUCUGAUCAACAAAGAACCAUAAAUGCUUUAUUGCAAUGGUUAAGAAAUGAAACAUAUGACUCUGCUGUGGAAAAAAUAUUGAGUAGAUUGAAAUUAUCAGAACGAUCUAAAAUUUUAAAUCAAAUACUUGAAAAUGUUAAUGUAUAUGCAGACCAUAAAACCAAUGCUAGUUUACUUCUGGGAAUUAAACAAUUUAUGGUCUCGCAAAAAAACAUUGAGUUAAGCUUAUCAAAAAUCAAUGACACAGAAUUUUUAAAUUCUUAUAUUUUUAAAAUCAUUUGCCCUGGCUCAGAGGAAUUUACAUAUGUAGGCCGCAAUGAUCAUAAUCACAUUGCUAAUCAGAAGAUAAAUGUUGGCGAUUUAUUUACAAAUGUUAAGUUUUACAAAUUUGAUGUGUUGAAUAACUUUUACCCUGCGACUGAUUUGUUUAUAACAUUUUUUGAAGAAACGAUCCAAGAGCAGCCUUUUGAUAUAUUAAACUCAAUUCCCAAAAAUUUACAUUUAUCGAAUAUAAAAUUAGAAAAGAUUCUCAAUAAGCUUGAAAAUGACACAGUUGAAGCAAGAAAUUUUAAUACUGAUGAAUUCAACUCAUUAGAUUCUAUUUCAAAGAAAGAAUGCUAUAAAUGUGCUUUAAAAAUGGUAGAUUAUUUUAAAGUUGAUGAAAAACUAAAGAGCAGAGGAUUUUUAGAAUGCAUUUUAAAUGAUAAUAAACCCAAGAAAUCAAAAAAGAAAGGCAAGAAAACGAAAAUUCAUAUUGAGCAAAAUGAAGAACAAGUUCAAAAUAGUUGCACAGAAAGCGAUAUCAUGGAUAAUAUAAACUUUGAUACAACUAAUAAUAAAUUUAUUCCCAUUAGCCCACAAUUUGAAUUAUCCGCUAGAAAGAUUGAAAUUUGUUUAUGA